AUGCUGUGCAAGCACUCUUCAGCAAUUCUUCUCCUCUUUCAAGAAGCUGAAGAUAAAAACAAACUUUUGCGAACUGUGGCUGGUGCAGGUUUGGACACUAUCAGUAACCUAAGAGCUACAUGGGAUAAGUUUGAAUUAAUGAUGGAAAGCCACCAGCUUAUGAUUACAGAACAGAUUGAAAUGAUGAAAGGAAAUGUGAUUUCACGUAUUAAUGCUUAUCUUCAAGACCUGGAAAAGUUUAAAGCUCGCUGGGAUCAGCUAAAGCCAAGUGAUGAUGUCAUUGAAACAGGUGAUCAGGAUGUGCUUGAGAAAAGUGCUCAGAUCAUAAAAGAAAAAAAAAAAGAAUUUGAUGAACUUGAAACCAUGAAAGAAAAGCUCAUUGAAGAAUGCCAUCAUUUCAAACUGGAAGAGCCCGACUUCUCAUUGUCAAAAGUUGUAUGUCAGGAUAUUAAGAAUUGUGCAGAAGUCUGGGCAUUGUAUGAAGAGUUUUAUCAAGGUUUUCAGGAAAAAGCCAAAGAGGACUGGAUUACUUUUAGGAGUAAAACAUACCUGUUUGAAGAAUAUUUGUUUAACUGGCAUGACAGAAUGAGGAAGAUGGAAGAACAUACUGUAAUGACAGUGAAGUUGCAAAAAGAAGUGGACAAGUAUAAAGUGAUAAUUCCACUCCUAAAAUAUGUAAGAGGAGAACAUCUUUCUCCAGACCAUUGGCUGGAUCUCUUUCGUCUUCUGGGUCUUCCACGAGGCACUACACUUGAGAGUUUGUUAUUUGGAGAUCUGCUAAAAGUGACAGACGCUAUUAUAGAAAAGGCAGCAGAACUUAAGGAUUUGAAUUGUCGGGCCCAAGGUGAAGUCACAAUCAGAGAAGCAUUACGUGAGCUUGAACUCUGGGGAGUUGCAGCUGUCUUUACGUUAACAGAUUAUGAAGAUAGCCAAGGGAAGACUAUCAGGCUUAUUAAAGACUGGAAGGACAUAGUCAACCAAGUUGGAGAUCAUCGCUGUCUUCUACAGUCCCUCAGAGACUCUCCGUAUUACAAAGGUUUUGAAGAUAAAGUGUCCAUCUGGGAAAAAAAGCUGGCUGAGCUGGAUGAGUAUCUGCAGAAUUUAAACCAAAUUCAAAGGAAAUGGGUCUAUUUGGAACCGAUAUUUGGCCGUGGAGCUCUGCCCAAAGAACACACUCGUUUUAACAGAGUUGAUGAAGACUUCAGAUGCAUAAUGUCAGAUAUCAAGAGUGACAAUAGAAUCACAUCACUGAAUGCUCGGACUGGUAUAAGAAAUACCUUAAUUACCAUACUUGACCAGCUUCAGAGAUGCCAGAGAUCUUUAAUCGAGUUUUUGGAGGAAAAGCGCUCAGCAUUUCCAAGAUUCUAUUUCAUUGGGGAUGAUGACUUACUAGAAAUUUUAGGACAGUCCACAAAUCCUCUGGUUAUCCAGUCUCAUCUUAAGAAACUUUUUGCUGGCAUUAACAGUGUGAGCUUUGAUGAAGAAUUUAAAUACAUAGUUGCCAUGAAAUCUGCAGAAGGAGAAACUGUGCCACUUAGAAAUAAAGUUCUUCUGUCACAUGAUGUGGAGGUGUGGCUAAACAGUUUGGCUUUGGAGAUGAAGGAGACCCUGAAAAUAAUGUUAAUUGACUGUCUUGACACUGGAAGAAAAUCACAAGGUUCAGUUGAUCCGUCGCUCUUUCCUUCCCAGAUCCUUUCCUUGGCAGAACAAAUUCAGUUCACUGAAGAUGUUGAAAGUGCUAUCAAACACCAUAACCUGCAACAAUUAGAAACAGAACUCAUGGCUAAACUGGAGCAUUAUACUAGCAUUGAGACUAAUAUAGAAGAUACUCAGAGUACAGAAUCGGGAAUCCUUGAGCUCAAGCUUAAAGCUCUGAUUCUUGAUACCAUUCAUAACAUUGAUGUGGUGAAGCAGCUGAAUCAAGCUCAGGUUCACGAUGUUGAAGACUGGGCUUGGAAGAAGCAGCUGAGAUUUUAUAUGAAAGACCAAAAAUGUUAUGUUCAGAUGGUAGAUGCCGAACUCCAAUAUACUUACGAAUAUCAGGGUAAUUCCCCUAAACUUGUUUACACACCUCUGACAGAUAAGUGUUACCUAACUCUUACUCAGGCUAUGAAGAUGGGUCUUGGAGGAAAUCCCUAUGGUCCAGCUGGAACUGGAAAGACAGAAUCAGUAAAGGCCUUGGGUGGACUUCUUGGAAGACAAGUAUUAGUCUUUAAUUGUGAUGAGGGCAUUGAUGUGAAGUCGAUGGGGCGCAUAUUUGUGGGCUUAGUGAAGUGUGGUGCCUGGGGCUGUUUCGAUGAGUUCAAUAGACUUGAAGAAGCUGUAUUGUCUGCAGUAUCCAUGCAGAUUCAGACAAUUCAACAUGCAUUGAAGAAACAUAGUCCUGUGUGUGAAAUGCUUGGCAAAAAGGUUGAAAUGGACCAUAAUUCUGGGAUUUUUAUCACCCUGAAUCCUGCUGGAAAAGGUUAUGGAGGAAGACAAAAACUGCCUGAUAACCUCAAACAACUUUUCAGGCCAGUUGCUAUGACUCAUCCAGACAAUGAACUCAUUGCAGAAGUGAUUUUGUAUUCAGAAGGCUUUAAGGACGCUAAAAUACUUGGUAGAAAAUUAGUAGCUAUUUUUAGUCUAGCAAGGGAGCUUCUGACACCACAGCAGCACUAUGAUUGGGGUUUGCGAGCACUGAAGACUGUUUUGAGAGGCUGUGGCGGUCUUCUUCAUCAGCUGAAGAAAAGUGAAACAAAUCAAGAAAUUAAUGAAAGUCACAUGGUGGUCCAAGCUCUGCGGCUUAACACCAUGUCAAAGCUUACAUUUGCAGACUGUGCACGUUUCGAUGCACUGGUCAAAGAUGUAUUUCCUGGCAUUGACUUUAAAGAUGUUGAGUAUGCAGAGCUAACUACAGCUUUACAACAAGUCUUUGAAGAAGCAAACUUGGAAACUAUAAGCACCCAGAUCAAGAAGGCUUUGGAAUUAUAUGAACAACUACGGCAGCGAAUGGGUGUAGUUAUCGUGGGCCCAAGUGGCGGAGGCAAAUCGACGCUGUGGCGGAUGCUGAAGGCAGCGCUGGGUAGAACGGGCAGAGCCGUGAGGCAGUACGCUGUCAAUCCCAAGGCCAUGCCUCGGCAUCAGCUGCUGGGGCACAUUGACAUGGACACCAGAGAGUGGUCUGAUGGUGUGCUCACAAACAGUGCUCGACAAGUGGUACGGGAACCCCGAGAUGUUACUUCAUGGAUCAUUUGUGAUGGUGAUAUUGAUCCUGAAUGGAUUGAAUCUUUGAAUUCAGUUUUGGAUGACAACAGAUUGCUGACUAUGCCCAGUGGAGAGAGAAUUCAAUUUGGCUCAAAUGUCAACUUUAUAUUUGAAACACAUGACCUCAGCUGUGCCUCUCCUGCUACUAUAUCUAGAAUGGGAAUGAUCUUUCUGAG